ACAACGCAACACAACAAACUAGUUCACCAUCCUUUGUCCAACAAUACAAUGGCAUGUAGAAACCUCCUCAGAUUUUCGCAUCACAACCUCAACACAAGAAAAUUCCAUGCCACUGCCAACAAACUCACCUCAAAUUGGAAGCAUCACAUGAAAAAAGAGUUGGAAAGUGGAAAACCAGAAGAAAGAAACAACCUCAUAUGCAUAUACAAAGUCCCAUCAAACAUGCGUAUGGCCGAACGCAAAGCCUACAGACCCAACAACAUCUCAAUCGGUCCCUACCAUCACGGAUCCCCGCACGUGCGAAACAUGGAAGCUCUCAAGACAAACUUCUAUCGUCGCCUCUUCAACUCUAACAAUGGAGCCAAACUGGACGAGGCCUUCAAGUUCCUCGAGGAACAAGAAUCCGACAUUCGAAGAUGUUACAUGGAAGACAUCAAACUCGGCAAGGACGAGUUUCUACAAAUGAUGCUAAUCGAUGCCUCUUUCAUCGUUCAGCUCUUGAGGGAUCUUUCAGCGUGUGAAUUCAAUGAAGUCCCUUGUUUGAAUAGAUGGAUGCUACCCAUUAUUCGGCGUGAGUUGAUUAUGCUGGAAAACCAGCUUCCUAUGUUUGUUUUGAACAAGUUGUUUGAGUUGACUAGGGUUGAUGAUGCAACUUCAUCACAACCAUGCAUGAGUCUCAAAGCACUUGCUCUUAGAUUCUUUUACCCUUUGCUGCUCGUGGAUUCUGAGAAUUUUCCAGAAUGUGAUGACUCUGAUGAGUUACGGCUUCACUUUCUGGAUCUUCUUAGGUCCAGCAUUGGGCUCAAACUAGAGGGAGAAAAGCUCAGAGAGGUCCAAAAGUACAUGGUUCGGUCCGUAACGGAGUUGAUGGAGGCUGGUGUGAGCAUCAAAGCAGAUAAGACUAGACAACUGCUUGACAUAACCUUUGGCAAAAAAUGGGGUUUUUGGAGGGUACUCACUAUUCCUCCUUUAAACAUCAACGAUCACAGAGGAACCGCGUUUCGUAACAUAGUAGCAUUUGAGAAGUGCCACAAAGAGUGCAACCCUGAUGUGACAACCUACUUGUUUUUCUUCAAUGGUCUCAUCAACUCUUCUAAAGACGUUUCUCUUCUUCACUACAAAGGGGUGCUUCAUCAUUCCCUAGGCAGCGACAACGCCGUGGCGGAUCUAAUCAACAACAUUACCAAAGAAAUUGUUCGGGACAAACACGAGUCGUACUUGCACAAAGUGGCGAACGAUGCGAAUUCUUACUUUAAAACUUUAUACGCGAGAAUAAGAGCUUCGUUGGUGCAUCAUUAUUUGACAAGCUGGGUUGCGGGGAUCUCAACUAUUGGUGCGUUAUUUGCGCUUUACUUGGCUUUGCUUCAGACCGCGUUUAGUUUUGCAGAUGCGUUAGAAGCGUUGGAAAACAAUAGGUUUGGAUGUCUCGUCGUGAGUGCGUUAUGUAUCCGAUAUCGUCGUACUCCUAUUAUUACCAAAGCAGAUGAAAAUAGUAACUCUGAAGAUGCUGCAACAAAUUAGAAAGGUAAACGGAACAUUUAUUUUAUAUUGCAGACACCUCUCAGGGAAAUUCAAUUCGGGAUUGAUGUAGAGAAAUUUCUCGUGAUGAUAAGAUAGCUUGUUAGUUUCUUGAAUUAAUGUUGAAUUGUCGAUGGUAGAAGUUUGUUUCAAUGAUCUUUUUUGGGUUGAAUUUCGAAUAAUUUGUAACUUUUGUUCUAAGCUGUUCCUCUAUCCAUCUUUUUGUUUCC